AUGGCUGAUCAAUAUAUUGAAGUACCUGGCAGUUCAAAUAAUAAUAAUUAUGCUAAUUUUUCAUUAAUUGAGUAUUUCGCCGAACGUACUUGUUUGGGCUGGCUGGGGACAUGCAUCCGAGAACCCUAUUCAUUAGCGCAGAGUAAACAUAAGAUAGUUUUCAUUGGUCCUCCCGGUUCAGCGAUCUGUUUCGAAGAGGCAUGCAUCAAGGACGUUGAUGAUGGGUUAAAUAUAACAAAUAUCCUAUAUGAUCAAAACUUCAGAGGGUGGAGGAGAAAAAGAAUUAGAAAGUGUAAAAUCCAGAUAAUUAAGCAAGCAUUUGCUCAAGUUCAAGGUGAAGUUCCCGGUUCACCGAUUUUCAUCAUGCCACUUGCUCGAGAUGCUCGUCAUCUCGAAGUUCAAGUUUUAGCGGAUCGAUACGGAAAUGCGAUCCAUUAUUUGAAAGAGAUUGUUCGGUUCAAAGACGUCAUCAAAAGAUCAUUUAAGAGGCUCCCGUUACGAUUGCAAAACAAGAGACAUUUGAAUCGAUGGAAAGGGCUGCUGUUUGAACAUCCUACGACAGAAAUGGUUUCAGGUGUUAAUUUACCUGCUGCUCAAUUACAAAUUGCUAUGUGGAUUUCACUUCAUCAAAUUCGUGAUAUUAGAGUUGACCUCAAGUGGAUCGAUUUUGAUUUUCGGAUCCCGAGUCUCUUUAAACUCAAAGUAGACAUGCAACAAAAGGUCAACAGCACGAAUGUUUGGGGAUAUUUCUCGGUUAAUUCUGCCGGUGGCCUUCAUGAGUUUGCUGAUUCUCAAUUUGGUCACAUUUUCGCUUAUGGUGAGAAUCGUCAACAAUCUCGAAAGAAUAUGAUAGUCGCGCUUAAGGAAUUGUCAAUUCGUGGGGACUUUAGAACCACAGUGGAAUAUUUAAUCAAAUUACUUGAAACCCAAGCUUUCGAAGAAAAUAGUUUUACAACGGGAUGGUUGGACAUGUUAAUAUCUGAUGAAAAUCUAACGGCCGAAAAGCCUGAUAAAAUGUUGGCUGUGAUAUGCGGUGCGGUGACCAAGGCUUAUACAGCAGCCAUGGAAUCUAUAAUGGAAUAUAAACGUUUCUUGGAGAAAGGACAAAUCCCUAGCAAAGAUAUUUUGCGCACCGUCUUCAUCAUCGAUUUCAUUUAUGAAGUUGUCCAUUAUAAAUUUACCGCUACUAGAUCAGCUCCAGAUUCUUUCACGCUUUACUUGAAUGGAUCAAAGGUUCAAGUUUCUGUUCGUGCUCUUACCGAUGGUGGGUUAUUAGUUUUGUUAGACGGAAAAAGCCAUACUUGUUAUUUUCGCGAAGAAGUUCAAGGAAUAAGAUUGAUGAUUGAUAGUAAAACUUGUUUACUUGAACAAGAGAAUGAUCCAACACAACUUCGUUCACUCUCUCCCGGAAAGCUUGUGAGAUUUUUGGUGGAGUCUGGCGAUCAUGUAAAAAGAGGUGAAGCUUACGCUGAAAUUGAAGUGAUGAAAAUGUACAUGCCGCUCAUCGCAACAGAAGAUGGUAUUGUUCAAUUUAUAAAGCAACAAAAUUCUACGCUCGAAUCCGGUGACAUUAUUGGAAUUCUCACUCUUGAUGACCCUAGUCGAGUUCGUCACGCGUUACCUUUUGAGGGACAACUUCCUGCAAUGAAUCCGCCCGUUUUAGUUGGUGACAAAGCUCAUCAGAGAUAUUGUGGGGUCAAGCAUAUCCUUGAAUGUAUAUUGGAUGGUUAUGAUAAUCAAGCAAUGUUACAGAGUAGUGUCAAAGAAUUAAUCGAACUUUUAGAAAAUUCCGAUCUUCCUUAUUUAGAAUCUCAUGCAGUACUUUCAGCACUCUCCGGAAGAAUCCCGGCAAAACUUGAAGCAGCUUUAUUGAGAAUUUCUAAUGAGACGCAUAGUCAAGGAUUAGAAUAUCCUGCUAAACGAUUAAAAGAAAUGGAUAAUUAUUCUCUCGAUUUUGUAAAACCUUCAGACCUUUCAAGUUUUAAAUCUGUGAUCGCUCCCGUGAAUGACAUUCUUAAACGAUAUGUUUGUGUCUAA